AAUCCAAGGGAACACUCUCCUGCAAUGGAUGUCUUCAGUUAUGGUGUCCUCCUUAUAGAGAUGAGUAUUUGUACUAUUCCACAGCCUGGUAACAGAAGGCAGGAUGUUAAUUCUAUUAAGCAUGCUGGGUUGAAGGGUCUUAUUCAACGCUGUGUUAUGGAUAAUUAUAAAUUGCGUCCUGAAAUGUCUGACAUAAUAAACGAACUGACUCAAAGCAUUUGAUUGGUGUAGCAAUUUUGUAGUUUUGUUGUGAUGAUUUGAAGCUAUUGCUGUUUUGGGUGGGGCUCAGUGGGUGUGUCUAUUUUCAACUACGCUCCUCCCACUCCUACAAUGGCAGCUCUAAAGUCAGCAAAAGCAGUCCCCAGCCCCACUGUAAAAGGUUAAUAAGUUAUAAUUUAUGAUGAGCAUUGUUUGACUGAUAGUUUGUGCCAUUAUAUAGACUAUGAACCUGCUAAGAGAACUGGUCAUUCUACAGUAAUAGUAGGAAACUGUCUUUAUAUGUGGGGUGGGGAGAGAGAUGACCAUCCUAAAGUACACAGUAUUGAGAUAGAGAGAAAAGAUUCAUCAUUUGUGGAGGUACUUCACCUUCCGACUGGUAGGUGGGAGCAGAAACCUACCACUGGUGAUCCUCCACUGGGUAUCAUUAACUAUGCAGCUGUUGCUAUUGGGAAUGAGAUAUUCUAUUAUGGAGGACGUUGUAGUCAUUAUGGUCGCUAUGAUGAUGAUGUUCUGUACAGUUUAAAUGUUGAUACUCUAAAAUGGAGGAAAGUUGUACCUGCUAAUUCUGAGGAUGGUCCUAAGGAGAAGGAUAAUUGUGGUAUGAUUGCUGUAAAGAUUGAGGGAGAAGAUUACCUUGUAAUAAUUGAACCAUAUUCUAUUUAUAUUCAUUUUUAGAAUUGCUACAGGUCAGUGGAUCCCACCUAAAGUUACUGGAGAUGAUAUUACUGAAAUUGAUUACUUUAAUUUGAUGUCAGUAGAUGAUACCAGUGUUAUUUUACUUCAAGAUGAUGAUAGUACUAUAUCAAAACAUUCUGUUUAUCGGCUUACCUUUACUAAAGGAUCAGUGUUUUGUGUAAGGAUAUUUAAUGGAAAUAGCCAUGGUCUAUCAACAUAUUCUCAUCCUAGUGUAUUACUGAAUAGUCCUUCAGGACUAAAACUAUGGGCUAUUGGUGGCAAUGAAUGUGAGACAUUUGAUAUUAACAAAACUAAUUGGAAGAAGGUUGGUGUUCCUGAAUCAGUCAAAAAUAGAGAUCUUCGUUCUCUUUCAGUUUGGAAUGAAGAUACAACCAAUACUUGGAUAAUAGAGUUUGGAGGACAAUGGGAUGAGGCCUCACUGAGUGAUACAAGAUUCCUUAAUAUCAGAUACACUGCAGGAGGUGAUAUUUCUGUGAGGACAUACUCACUGAGAGAGUAUCAAGAAGAAAUGGGAAAGAGAGAAAGAUCAGUUGCAUGAACAAGAGAUCAGUCAGAAAGGAGAAAGAGAAAGAAUAAUGGAAGAGAGACACCAGCAAGAGAUUCAACAAUUACACCUUCAAGUGGAAGAGCCGGAGAGAUUAACAGACCAGAGAAAGAGAGUGAGCCUGGAGAAACAACUUCAAGAAAGAGAGUGACAUACAGCUUCAGCAAAAGGUUUAAGAGUUACCUACACAAAAUGAUGACAGAAAGAGACAGUUUCAAGAGAGAGAACAGGAACUUCAACAACAACUUCAACAAAGUGCACAACAACUUGAAGAGAAAGACAGGCUCAAUUUGAGGAGCAGGAGUCAGCAUGCAUGGGUAGUGAAUGGAGAUGAAAUAAAAAUGACAGAGACAGCCCUUGGUAAUGGAGGCUAUGGUGAAAUUAGAGUAGCAAUAUUCUGUGGACUUCUUAAGAGUAGCCACAAAGAGUAAUCCUCUUAUAAUCUGCAUCUAUUUUUGUUAAAAAAUUAACCAGUUCCUACUCCCUCCCA